AUGGAUUCCUUUCAAUCUCAAACCCCAAAGAAAAGGCUAACUUCAAACCAGGUGAGGCUUUUGGAAACUAGUUUUAACGUCAAUAGCAAGCUCGACCCAGAUAUUAAGUCCCAACUCGCAUUACAACUAGGGGUGCCACCUAGACAAGUAGCAAUAUGGUAUCAGAACAAACGUGCACGUGAAAAGAAUCAGAGUCUUGAGAUAGAUCACAAGAUUUUGCAGGUAAGACUUGAAAAUAUUUUAUCCCACAAUGCUAGGUUGCAAGGAGAAGUGGCGAGGCUAAAGGAUGAGUUAAAUAAGGUUCAAGAAAUGUUACAAACCUUCAACUCUUCCUUUUCAAGCUCCUCUGAUGAAGUUGGAAGCACCAAUUUGAUUCAUAGCUCAAAGAAUCAUUUGGAUAUGGCGCCCUAUCCUUCUUUUAUCGGUGAUGCAGGCCAGUUUGGGCCAACAGAAGGAUAUGACUUGCUUGCAAUUUGCGGGCCUGCCCGUUCCAAGCAAGGAAUUGGGCCAUGUUGUCCAAGCGAAAGCUUGGGCUGCCUGGCUCUUAGAGUGGAGGAGACCGCGUCAGGCUGGCUUUACAGAGCAGCGAUGACCUCCCAUUCUUUGCAGUGGAAGGAUAACGGGCCGGUGCUUCCUGAUCCAAUAAAAGUCUGA